GGCUAAGUUCCGGGUGCAGGGCGGCCACUGGAGGAGAGCAAGCUGCUGCUCUCGCAAGCUUUGGAGGCAGAGCCGCCGCAAUGUUCCGGAUCGAGGGUCUCGCGCCCAAGUUGGACCCGGAGGAGAUGAAGCGGAAGAUGCGUGAGGAUGUGGUCUCCUCCAUUCGGAACUUCCUCAUCUACGUGGCCCUGCUGCGAGUCAAACCGGGCAUGGUAGCACACACUUUUAAUCCCAGCACUCAGAAGGCAGAGCUCCAUAUAUCUUAAAGAAGCUGGAUAGCAUCUGAGGACGGGCAGUCAGGUGGAUGCAUGGCAUGAAGACCUGGUGACGGCUUCUCCUCCUGUCUGCAGCUGAAUUGGCCCAGAAAGGUGUAAGGCUGAUUAAACGGACAUAUAAACUACUUGUUGAGAACAAGUAGGACUUUGAGAACUGACCUCCAUAGCUGAAAUAUAAAGCCACUUGGGAAGUGCAAAAAGAUGUCUUGUGUUCAUGGUGCCCUUAGGCCCAUGAACUCCACCCCUGUGAGUGUUGAUGGAGUGGUUAAUAAUGUCAGGCUCUAAGGGGAGUCAUUUCUGUUUACCACUUCUGUUCAAAGUGUUAUUUGUGAAGUCUGUUUGGAAGUCAGCAUACACCCACAAUGACAUUUAAGCACAGUCUAUAUUUUUAAUAAACAUUCUGAUGAAGAAA